AUGGGAGAGGAAAACAGAAGUGUGUCUUUUGGGCUAAGUGACGCCUCAUUCCCUGGGAAUUUGGGCUCCCCAGGGAAACACAUGCAGCAGUGGUUUCCUGGCACUGGCAAUCUGAGCGGAUCCACAGGGAGGAGAGAGAGGGAACAGGAGAGAGGGAGAGAGGGAAGAGGGAAGAGGAGAGGGAAGAGGGAACAUGAGAGAGGGGACAGGAGAGAGGAGAGAGGGAAGAGGAGAGGAAAGAGAGGAGAGAGGGAGCAGGAGAGGGAAGAAAGGAGAGAGGGAAACAGGAGAGGGAAGAGGAGAGAGGGGACAGGGGAGAGGAGCUGGGUAGAGGAGAGAUGA